AAUAUAAGUGGAUUGGGGAGGUGGAGUGAGUCACAUAAAGAAGAGGCUAGAGAAGGCUGGUGGAUGGGUUGAGUUAACCCGGUUGUUUCAUGGCAACCUCCCCCUCCUUCUCCGCCGUUUUCGCCGACUUUCUCGCCUCUCCGAUCACGCGCCGCCGUCUCUCCCCGCCGCCGUUCACGCUCCGAUUCGCCAUCAGUACGAAGUCUCGCUUCUCCACUUCUUUGGUUUUGGCUUCAUCGGCGUCUUCGUCGUCGUCGUCGUUUCCUCUCGGUGCCGGUAAUUCGCGCUCGCAGAAAUCGGUUCUUUCAGAUUUGAUUCAAGAGAUAGAGCCGUUGGAUGUGAGUGUCAUUCAAAAGGAUGUCCCAGCUACCACCGUUGAUGCUAUGAAGAGGACCAUAUCAGGGAUGUUAGGCUUACUUCCGUCAGACCAGUUUGAAGUAUUAAUAGAAUCUUUAUGGGGACCUCUCUCCAAGUUAUUGGUUUCUUCGAUGAUGACAGGGUAUACUCUACGAAAUGCGGAGUAUAGGCUUUGUCUUGAGAGAAACCUUGACAUACAUGAGGAAGACACUGAUAGACAAAAACUUGAAGAUUCCAAGCUUGAAGAUCAAGUUUUAUUGCUUGAUAACAAUGACAUUAUAAAAAUUUGGACACAUGACGAAGUUCAUGACUCUACAAACACAAAUGAGAACAUUACUGAUAUAUCUGAUCUUGGGGAAACGUCCCCGCAAGUUAAAGAACUUAUUUCCAAAUUGCAGUCUAGUCUGUCAUCUGUCAAGAAGGAGCUUCGUGAAGUCAAGAGGAAAAGUGCUGCUCUUCAGAUGCAGCAGUUUGUUGGGGAAGAAAAAAAUGAUUUGCUGGAUUAUCUAAGAUCAUUGCAGCCAGAAAAGGUAGCUGAAUUAUCAGAGCCAACAUCCCCCGAGUUGAGAGAGAUAAUCCACUCUGUAGUCCAUGGUCUCCUUGCAACUUUAUCUCCUAAAGUACAUUCGAAGGCACCAAAUUUGCCAGACAAUGCUUCAAGUGGAACUGCUAAUGGUGGAAUUGCGGAAGACCAUACUGAUCUUGUUGAGAACACAUCCCUUCAGUUCCAUCCCCUAGUUUCGUUGACCCGGGAUUAUCUAGCACGUCUACUUUUUUGGUGUAUGCUGUUGGGCCAUUAUGUAAGAGGCUUAGAGCAUCGUUUAGAGCUUAUGGAACUUUUAGCAUUGCCCAAUGACAGUAGAGAAGAUACCUCUACUGCUAGCGACGGACAAGUUGCCUGAAGAAGUCGUCUUUUGUUUUGGCAGAUCAACGUCUCUAAUGGUUAAAUCGUUAUGUGGUAAAUUAUUUGACAAUGUAAGGUUGGUUUCAAAUUGUAUAGAUGCUACUUGUACUCUUACCGAGUGUAUAUUACAUCCAAUUCCCAAUAAUGAACACAGCAAAAUCAUUUGUGAUUUUAA